UAGCCAAAAAUAAAGUACAGAAAAAAGUACAAUUAUAUUGAGAGUGAUAUAUUAUGACCUCCAAUAAUGUUGGAGACAACAACAAUAACAUCAAGGACGAUCAGUUUGAAACGAAGAAGUUCGGUCUUCCGGUGGACACCGAGAACAAGGCCACCGUGUUUCCGCUCUUCUCGGCCGUAAACCCCCAUAUGCGGGCGUUUCAUCUAUGUUGGUUUCAGUACUUCACCUGUUUUCUGUGUACUUUUGCUGCACCACCUCUUCUUCCUAUCAUCCGGGACAAUCUCAAUCUCACUGCGAGUGACAUUGGUAAUGCCGGGGUCGGAUCGGUUUCCGGCGCAAUCUUCGCCCGCCUCGCCUUAGGCGCCGCCUGCGACUUAACCGGCCCACGCCUCGCAUCAGCAACAGUCUGCCUCCUCACCGUCCCCGCAGUGUUCCUCUCAUCCAUGGCAGGAACCCCAACAGGGUUCUUCAUCAUGCGUUUUUUCACCGGAUUUUCACUAGCCACAUUCGUCUCCACCCAAUACUGGAUGAGCUGCAUGUUCUCCCCGAAAGUAGUCGGCCUCGCAAACGGGCAGUCGGGCGGGUGGGGAAACCUCGGCGGAGGCGUAGCAAACCUAAUCAUGCCACUCCUCUACAGCCUAAUCCUCAACAAAACACCCGCCUCCACGCCGUUCACGGCGUGGAGGGUGGCGUUCUUCAUCCCGGCUUUCUUACAAAUGUUCUCCGCUUUCGCCGUCAUGCUUUUCGGACAAGAUUUACCCGACGGUAACUUUUUACAGAUGCAGAAAUCUGGUGAAAUGCAUAAAGAUAAAGCUUCCAAAGUUUUUUACCAUGCAGUAACUAAUUACAGAAGCUGGAUUACUGCUAUAGGCUAUGGCUUCUGUUUUGGAGUCGAGUUAGCUGUUACGAACAUCAUUGUGUUCUACUUUUAUGAUCGAUUUAACCUGAAUUUGAACUUAGCUGGGAUUGUUGGUGCACUUUUUGGGAUGGUUAACAUCUUUUCGAGGUCUUCUGGUGGUUGGUUUUCAGAUUUCAUGGCGAAAAAGUAUGGAAUAAGGGGGAGAUUGUGGGGGUGGUGGGGUGUUCAGACACUUAGUGGUGUUAUGUGUAUCGUUAUGGGACGUCUCGAUACAUUAAGUGCUACUAUUGCUGUUAUGAUGAUCUUCUCGUUUUUGGUUCAGGCAGCUGAAGGUCUCACAUUUGGGGUCGUUCCUUUUGUCUCCAGAAGAUCAUUGGGCGUGGUUUCGGGCUUAUCAGGAGCAGGAGGAAACGCGGGUGCAGUCAUCUGUCAAGUAAUCUUCUUCAGAGGAUCACAAUUCAAAAUAGAAGACGGGCUAACUUACAUGGGAAUUCUGAUCAUAGCCUGCACCUUAAGCUUAGGUACCAUAAACUUCCCCCAGUGGGGCGGUAUGUUUUUCGGCCCAAAACCUAAUGUCACUGAAGAAGAUUAUUACAUAAAGGAAUGGGAUGCUGCAGAGCAGGAACUAGGGCUUCAUAAAGUAAGCAUGAAGUUCGCCGAAGGUAGCCGGAAUGAGAGAAGUUCGAAAGGAAAGUAUGUUUCAGAAGAAGAUGGUACACGAUCAACAGCUGGUGUUUAACUGGUUGUUUAGGUUAAUUAGCUUCUUUAUUAACUCAUAUUUGUAAUGCAUAAAUUUUU